AUGUUGGUCCUACAAUUCGCCCUCAUUGCCGCCAUUGCGGCUCUCUCGAACGCUGUUCCCGCGUCAGUCAAGCCAGUUAAACAUAUCCUGCACGAGAGACGCCUGAAACCAGCGUCAGACUGGGUUAAGGGUGCUCGUGUCGAGCGCAAUGCUAUCUUACCGAUGCGGAUCGGCCUGACCCAGACCAAUCUAGAGAAGGCUCAUGACUACCUGAUGGAAGUUUCGCAUCCGGACUCUCCAAAAUACGGCCAAUACUGGUCGGCAGAGGAGGUGCACCGCAUGUUUGCCCCGACAGAGGAGACCGUGGAAGCCGUCAAGGAAUGGCUGACUUCAUUCGGAAUCCACCAUUCGCGAAUCGUGCACUCUGACAACAAGGGCUGGCUGGCUUUCGAUGCAACCGUGGACGAAGCUGAGCGACUGCUGCUCACGGAGUUCCAUGAGCAUGAACACAAGCACAGUUCCAAAGUGCGAAUUGGAUGUGAUAAGUACCAUGUCCCAGAGCAUCUCCAGCCGCACAUCGACUACAUUACCCCUGGUGUCAAACUUACACCAGUGGUCAAGAGGACUGUUCAGGUCAAGCGAGAGUCACAUUUGUAUCCAAAGCGGCCAAAUCGUGUUUCUCUCCAAUCCUCUCCAUUUGACGGGUUUCCGUUGGAUUAUAAGCCGCCAUCCGCUGCCAACCUUCCUGAAGAUCUGCAAGGUUGCGGGAGAAAUAUCACGCCGACGUGUAUCAAGGCUCUGUAUCAGAUCCCAAAUGCGACUCUGGCGACACCCGGCAACUCCCUCGGUCUUUACGAGCAAGGAGACUACUUCAACGAGGGGGAUGUCAAUCUGUUCUACGCAGAAUAUGCUCCUUGGGUCCCUCAGGGCACCUUCCCCAUUCCAGCACUUAUUGAUGGUGCCAACUAUUCUGUUCCCGCGUACAGUCCCUGGAAUGGGGGUGAGGCGGAUAUUGACAUCGACAUGGCGUAUUCCCUAAUCUAUCCCCAGAAUGUAACCCUUUAUCAGACCGACGACCAGAUUUAUGAGCCGCAGGAAGUUGCUACCACCAACCUUUUCAACACUUUUCUCGAUGCUCUCGAUGGAUCGUACUGUAACUACAGCGCUUACGGCGAGACUGGAGAUGAUCCAUCCAUUGAUCCUGUGUACCCUGAUCCUGCACCUGGUGGUUAUAAAGGGAAACUCCAAUGCGGCGUCUACAAGCCUACCAAUGUCAUUAGUGCUUCGUAUGGGCAAGCUGAAUCCGAUCUGCCCAUCAACUACACGAAGCGCCAGUGCAAUGAGUUCUUGAAGCUCGGUCUCCAGGGCCAUUCCAUCUUGAUCGCUUCCGGAGAUUACGGUGUGGCCUCAUUCCCUGGUGACAGCGGAUCAACCAACGGCUGUCUGGGUCCCAAAGGCACGAUUUUCAACCCGCAGUACCCAUCCAACUGCCCAUAUGUUACCUCCGUUGGGGGCACCAUGCUGUACCCGGACCAGACCGUUAAAAUGCCCGAGAGCGUCAUGCACGUGAAUUUGAGCGGCACGGCCCAGAAUUUCAGCUCCUCUGGAGGAUUCUCCAAUUACUUCCCCCAGCCGUCGUACCAGCAGGCCGCAGUUGCCAAGUACUUCGCCACCGCAGACCCGCCGUACCCCUAUUACUCCGAGUUCAGUGUCGAUUUCAACACUACGCAGGGCUUGUACAAUCGCAUCGGAAGAGCGUAUCCUGAUGUCGCCGCAAACGGGGCCAAUUUCCGCGCGUACACGGACGGUAUCGACUAUUACUUUUAUGGGACGAGUCUGGCUGCGCCGUUGUUUGCCUCGGUUUUGACUUUGAUCAACGAAGAGCGCUUCGCCAUAGGCAAGGGCCCUGUAGGAUUUGUUAAUCCGGUCCUGUACGCCCACCCGGAGGUGCUAAACGACAUCACAAAUGGUACGAAUGUUGGAUGUGGUACGGAAGGCUUCCGUGCUGUCCCAGGAUGGGACCCAGCGACGGGACUGGGGACGCCAAACUACCCCAAAAAUGAAAGCUCUGUUCUUGUCAUUGCCGUAGAGCAUGCCGCGGUCAGGAGAAGUUGA